GCCGUGCGUCGCGGGAGCGGGUCGCUGCGGCCAUGGCGGCGCGGAGGCCGGGACGCAGGGCGCUCCUCCCUCCUCUCCGCCGCGCCCUCGCCGGCCCCGGCUGUCAGCUCGGCCGCGAGAGGGGCAGUGAGUGCGGGGCUGCUGCGCCGAGCCGGGUUUCAAGAUUCUGCCCUCCAAGAAAAUCUUGCCAUGAUUGGAUAGGACCCCCAGAUAAAUAUUCAAACCUUCGACCUGUUCACUUUUACAUCCCUGAAAAUGAAUCACCAUUGGAACAGAAGCUGAGAGAAUUAAGACAAGAAACACAAGAAUGGAACCAACAGUUCUGGUCAAACCAGAAUUUGACUUUUCAUAAGGAAAAAGAAGAAUUUAUUCACUCAAGACUGAGAGCAAAAGGCCUGGGACUGAGAGCUGAGUCAGGUCAGAAAGCGACACUGAAUGCAGAAGAAAUGGCUGACUUUUACAAGGAAUUUUUAAGUAAAAAUUUUCAGAAGCACAUGCAUUAUAACAGAGACUGGUACAAGCGCAACUUCGCCAUCACCUUCUUCAUGGGCAGAGUGGCCCUGCAGAGGGUUUGGAACAGGCUUACACUGCAGCAGAAGACCAGCUAGGAGGAGCCCACACUCCCCCUCCCCGCUGCACCCAGUUUCCCCAGGAAGCCGUGGUGACAGGAGCUCGCUGUGUGAGGGCUCUGAAAGCCUGUAAGCGACCAGAGCCCCGUGCCUUCCUCACGGGGGCCCUUGGCUGAGGUCAGCGCAGGACGGGCCGCAGGAACACGAGUCCCGUGCCUGUGGGCCGGGUGCCUCUGUCCUGACUCUGGAUUCCAGGCUGGCACUUGGGCACUGAUGUGAUGUUAAAUAAAGCCCAAGCAUUGUGUGGCAUUUUCUGUGUCUUUGAAUUACACCAGUUUGAAAUAGGACAAUAUAAAAAUACUAAUAAAAUUUCAUGUGAAAAAUUUGACUCCACGAUGGAAAUGAUUGUGAAGCCAGCUGUAGCCCUCACAGAACCAGGAGCAUGAGUUACCGGAGGUCCUGGCCCGUGCCUGGCAGUGCACAGCUAUCCUGGGGCACAUGUACCUACAGACUUGAAAGCGGCUCCUCUGGUAGAGAUCUCACUGGCCCACGCAGGCACCUUCCCAGCCUCGGUUUCCAGGUUUUCCCCAACAACUUGCUCCUGGAGUAUAUCCCUCUGUUUGAAAAAUGCCUUUAAAGUCAGCAUUGUUUGAAGUGGGAUUAUGUGUUUAUAAAGUGAUGGGGCACUCUGUAUUGCAUCCUGGAGCCGUGUGGCAUGGAGUCAUGGCCUACAGGAGGGGACACCUGCCUCAACCAUGGGAAGUGGCUGCAGAGCCAGGCCCCACCAGUAAGUGAGGCCUGUAUGAUAGGCGAGAUAUCCGGGGUUAACCAAAAGCUACUUGGCCAACAGUUUCUGUUCCAAAAUGAGUCACGACAAUAGAGCCAUAGGAUUGGGUUCCUUCUGUGGCUUAUGGCACUCUCCCAGGCUGAAAUCCAGAAGCCAGAGGAAGCACGUUGCUCGGACGGAGCCCUUUAAGGUGCAAAUGCGAAUCCAUCAGCCCUGCGUCUGCAGCGGAGUUGUGCGCCGGUUCCUGGAGGAACUCCGGGGUCGUUAAGCCCCUUUUCCGGUUAACAGAGGCCCCGGGAGUGGAGUGUAUGCAGCAAACAGUGCGGAGCACUGGUUCACAGAGGUGACACCGUGCUGUUCAUUCAGCAACAGGUUCUCACCCUGUCACCAGUGGCCGGGACACUGCGUCUGAGAGAACUGAAGGGGAAGGUGGUAGGCGGCAGGGCCAGGGCCCUGGGCAGGGGCCCUUUGUUCCGUGUGAGCAGCCCAGAAGGCAGGAGCUGUUUACUAGCUUUCGGUUCCUCCCUCAUCCCAUCAAACUGCCUGUCUGACUUUAAGGUCACUUAAAGAUCGUCUUGGCCCUGGGUAAUGUGACGGUGAAAUAAACAGCAUCUUCUAGUGGUGCCGCUUCUGAUUGUUUUUGCACAUCAAUUCUUCAAGAUUUUCAGUGUAACUUUCCAUAGUAAUAGCAGAAGACAGGUGGAUGGUAUGAAAGGAAAAUUUGUUUUCAGGAAAGUGAAUUCCAGCAUGGGUGGCAGAGAUGCGCAUGCAUGGGCGCAUUGGUACAGACCGUUAAAGCCAUGUCACAUGUUCUAUGUGCUGUCUCUGAGGGCCUCCCUCUGGAGAAUGUCAGAAGCGUCAACGUGUUUUGUGACCUGUGGGACUGUUGGACAACUAUAAGUAUUAUAGGCCUUUUCAGAUGCAGCUUUUCCUGAAUCACAUCCCAUGAUGCAGAGAUCAUGUGUGUCACAGUUGUUAGCCGAGUGCCCCAGAUAGUUUGUUUACCAGGUCCUUGGGCAGAUGGAUUCUGCCCUUCAACUGGUGGCUUGGUGAUCCACUGCCAGUAUUCACAUUGGUCAAGAGCUUUUACCAACUGAAGUUCUUCCCGGCUCACUUCGUAAAUACCUCCCAGACCCUUAGGGCUCCUAGGGGCAAAGUCCCUUGAGGUUUCAAGGAACAGAAACUUGCUCAAAAGAGCUCCAGUCAAGGUUGAGGGGCAGGUGACCGUGAGAAGCCAGAGAUCUCCAAAAACAGAUCACCCUCCUGGCAGCGGGAAAGCCCAAGAGCCAGGCACCAUGAUGGCCCUGCUGGCUGCCGGAGCCCCCGAGCUCUGCCCGCCAGCUGUCACCUCUGGGGGUGGGCUGGGCCCCGGCAGGCCCCGUCCAGCGGGCAGGCGGAGGGGCCCAGGUGACAGAGUGCCAUGCAGAGGCUCCAGGUUCCUCACCCCCAGAGCCCCUCAGAUGUGAGGCCACAGAGACGUUGCCUUCACAGUUCCAAGGAUACUUUCUUUUAGGAGCAACUUUAAAAGAUGAGCAGAAGGUAAACAUGCUCUGUGUUCAGACCAGGGAAAGCAUAAGCAGUUCUUUGACUUCACAAAGUGACAGUUGUGAAGUUUUUCUGUAAAACUGUCAGCUGCGUCCUGGGCUGGGGCGGGCAGGGAAGCUGAAGGGGUCCUGAGGCCGCUGGCGAUGAGAGGUUGGCAGAGGCCCUGGGGCAGGGCGGACUGCUGGGUGAGAACCCCACCAAAGCUCUGCAGUCCCAGCGCCCACAGUCCCAGGCAGUUUUCCUAAAACUCUGUGCACUUGGCAUGAGUUCCUUGGUAGAUCUUAAGCACUGGCAGAACGUUUCAGCAGCUCCAGACCUAAGUGCAGUGGAAAUCUCGGCCAUCUGUGUGUCGCCCCUUUGUAGUGACAGGUCAAUAUAAUGCCAGGAAGGUUGGCCUGAGCGGCGGCAUUAACUGUUGAUGGGUUCUUAAAUGCUCUGAGCAAAUUAAUGAGAAAUGACAGUGCUGUUUUCCACUUUUUUAAUUUCUUAAACAUUUAAGAUUAAAAAACUGUGGUAAACUUUAGGUCACAAUACUUUAAGUCUCAAAGAAGCGCAAAUGAAUUAUAACUAAGGUUAUUUUGAGCCUAAAAUUUGUAUGCUCAGUUAAGAAAAUAGGUUGUUUUUCUCUGUCAUAGCCGUAUUCAAGUAAAGUACUUCUGUGGAUUUUAAAUGAUUACGAAUAAAGGUUAUCUCAGUGAUGUAUUUUAUACUGUUUUUUCUCAGAAAAUGUCUCUCUUAAAAAUCUAAUCCUUCUGUUUUCUGAAU